AUGGCCAAAGACGCUCUUGACGCUGUGAUCAAGGAACCUGAGAACGAAGAACUUUUAACAAUCAUUGAAGGCGAAGAAAAAGAGUUAACAGAAAUUGAGUCAAAAUUACAAAAUUUACAGGAGGAUUGGAAUCCAGCCAAUGACGAAAUUGUGAAGCAAAUUAUGUCCGAAGAUACACUCUUACAAAAAGAAAUCACGAAGAGGUCAAAGAUUUGUAAAAACUUGAUUGCCACAAUAAAGGACUCAGUGUGCCCAAAAAAUAUGAACGAAUUUCUAGUAUGUAAUCUGAACAGCAAGAGUUUUUUUUUUGUUAUUAUACUAACAUGA